AGUAGUCUGUCUGUUGAAUUAGUAGUGAAGAUGGCAGCAAUAACUAGGAAAAGAUUCUCCUCCAGGUUCUUUGCUAGUUACCGUGUCUUUGCAGUAGUUGUAUCUAUAUUUGUCUAUGCAGAGAUGGUAUCGGCGUGGCAGAGUAUAUGUGUUCCUGGAGAUAUAUACAUGGACUCACAGACUGACGACAUUAUCAUGCCGGUGUGCAGCAACUGUACAACUUGGUGUGAAUCAGAGUGUUCAAAGUUGAAACUUUCCAAGGUCAAGGACACAGAUAAGUGCAAUACAGAUGAUCCUUCGGGUACUCUCCUCAAAUGCAAGUGUUGCUGCGAAAAACGGCAAUUGCUCUUCCCCCCACAAAAACCAAUCCCUCCUUAUGCAAACGAAUUUGAUGGCCCUGAACCGCAAAAUUUUCCGAUAUGUGUGGGUAACCAAACAUCUCAAACUUUUGAACAUCCAGAUGGGAAUGACUGCAUAGACAAACCAGAAUGUGAGAAAAGUUGUAACGAUAAAGGCCUUUCAAAAGCAAGGUCUGAGUGCGUAGCAAAAGGUACUCUUGAUUCUCUUACUUGGUAUGAGCAAUGCUGUUGUGAAAAGCCCCCACCAUGUGAAGCCAAUUGCUCUCUCCUCAGCAGACUGGUAUGCGUGGUUCGUUCAUCCUGCAAGUGUUGUUCCAAGAGCACUGAUGGAGGGAGAGGUGCAACUGAGGCCUAUAGACCCAAUUAUUAGAUUUUGAAUUACAGUGGAAUGUCUGCUUCCUUUGUCCUCGUGUAAGUGUUGUUGCAAGAGUGUAACGGCACCCCAGUUAUUAUCUAGCUGCAGUUAACUAAUGGGAUGAGAUGAUGUUAAGUUAUCUUUAUGCGUUUGUGUGUAUUUCCUUUUAUCUGUUAAACAUGCAUGUGUCUGUGUCCGAAUAUCAUCUUUGAUUGAUGUUUUUGUAUUUCUUCGAUUGAGGCCGAUAU